AUGGCCAGAUUCGACGUACGACGCAUCCUGGUCGACGAAGGCAGCUCAGUGGAUAUCAUGUACGUCCACCUCUUCAAGACUCUGAAGCUAGACAAGACCAACUUAGCCCCCUACGUCGGAUCAGAUCUCCAAGGAUUCAACGGAGCAACAACCAGACCGUGGGGAUAUGUUGAGCUCCUCGUCACUUUCGGCGAACAAGAAACGGCCAGGGAAGUCAAAAUCCAAUUCCUGGUCGUAGACUGUCCGUCUCUCUACAAUUGCAUCUUUGGACGCCCGACGCUGGCCGAACUCACUGCGGUCCCAUCCACCGUCCACCUGAAGAUGAAAUACUACACCAAAUUGGGACGUGUGGUCACCAUCCAUGGUGACAUCGAAGCAGCCCGGCGAUGCUACGACGCCGCAGUAAAAGGACAGGCCGUAGUCAUCACGAAGAGCAACUGCAACAACAAAAAACUCAAGACCGAGGAUCCUGCCCGAGGAGUCAACGCCAUCGACCUCGACUGUCGCAUCGGGCUGGACGAGACCGGAGAGGGGAGGUUCCCCAAGGAACGCUCUCUCGAACACCCGGUCCGACCAAUCCCCGACGGGGAGUUCGAACUCAUUCCUCUUGGGGACGAUCCGGAAAGGACGGUGAAGAUAGGUAAGGGACUACCCGAGGAAACAAGAGAAGAGCUAGUAGCAUGCCUCAAAGAGAACUCCGACCUCUUCGCGUGGAAUGCCGCAGAAAUGCCCGGGCUGGACCCCGAGAUCGCGUGUCAUAAGCUAGCUGUAGACCGGGCAGCCAAGCCCAUAGCACAGCGUAGACGCAAGCAAUCGCCCGAAAAGGUAGAGGCUGCCGAGCGAGCUGUAAAAGACCUCUUAGAGGCAAAUUUUAUUUCUGAAGCCCAGUACACAACCUGGCUCUCUAAUGUAGUCCUCGUUAAGAAAAAUAAUGGAAAAUGGCGUAUGUGUGUUGAUUAUACUGAUCUUAAUAGGGCUUGCCCGAAAGAUGCUUUCCCCCUCCCUAAUAUAGACUCGCUCGUUGACAACUCUGCAGGUUUUAAACUCUUGUCCUUCAUGGACGCAUAUAGUGGAUACAACCAGAUCCCUAUGUCGCCCGCAGACAAGAAACACACAGCGUUCAUGACCCCAACGGGCAAUUACUACUACAACGUGAUGCCGUUCGGGCUCAAGAACGCUGGCGCUACAUACCAACGCAUGAUGAACAAAGUCUUCAAGGACGAAAUAGGGGACAUGCUCGAAGUGUACAUGGACGACAUGAUCGUCAAAUCACACGAGGAGGUAACCCAUGCUCGACACCUUACGAAGGUAUUCGAGCAGGCGAGACAGUGUAAAAUGAGGUUCAACCCCGAGAAAUGCACGUUCGGAGUCCGGGCAGGCAAGUUCCUCGGUUUCUAUCUCACCGAAAGAGGGAUCGAGGCCAACCCCGACAAAUGCCGGGCAUUCUCGGAGUUUCCGACCCCAAAAACCAAAAAAUCGAUCCAGUCACUCAAUGGAGUGCUCGCCUCACUCUCCCGUUUCAUCGCCAAGUCCGCCCAGCACGCAUUGCCAUUCUUCAGACUCCUUCGCAAAGAGGCUACCUUUGACUGGACCGAUGAAUGCGAACAAGCGCUACUCCAUCUAAAGAAAGUUCUGUCCCAACCCCCGGUCUUAUCACGGCCAUCAGAAAAGGAAACCCUAUACUUAUACCUAUCCGUGGCAACCGAGGCCGUCAGCGCCGUUCUAAUAAGAGAAACCGACGAAGGACAAAAGCCCAUCUAUUUUACGAGUAAAGCACUCCAAGGUCCCGAGCUCCGAUAUCAGCAAAUCGAAAAGGUCGCCCUGGCCCUCAUCAACACAGCGAGGAGACUACGAUAUUACUUCCUCGCACACACGAUAAAGGUGAGGACCGACCAGCCAAUCAAACAGCUGCUCGGGCGCCCGGAUAUGGCCGGGAGGAUGCUCAAGUGGUCAUUAGAACUCUCCGAAUUCGACAUACAAUACGAAAGUAGGAAAGCCUUGAAAGCUCAGGCGCUGGCCGACUUCGUCGCGGAGAUGACCCACUGCCCGACUCCAGCAGAAAGCGCCCACAAAUGGACGAUCUUCGUCGAUGGCGCCUCUAGCACAUCAGGCAGCGGGGCCGGGAUCAUCCUCGAAAAUGAAGAAGGGAUCCUGAUAGAGGUAUCGUUAGCGCUAGCAUUCCCAACAUCAAACAACCAAGCCGAAUACGAAGCCUUCCUCGCAGGCCUGAGGUUAGCCGACGACCUGGGAGCAAAAGAGGUAAAAAUAUCCACCGACUCCCAGCUCGUGGCCUCACAAGUGCGAGGAGAAUACCAAACCAAGAACGACAACCUCCUCGGGUACUUGUCCCUCGUCAAAGAAAAACUUGAUAGAUUUGAAAAAUGGGAAGUUCAACACAUACCCCGCGAGCACAACACACGGGCAGACGUUCUCUCGAAACUAGCCAGCACGAGGAAAAAGGGUGGGAAUAAAUCAGUAAUCCAAGAAAUUCUCCCGCGGCCCAGCAUCGACAAACUACCGCCUCCACUCGAGGUCAACGCUAUUGGAGAUGCCCACUGUUGGAUGACACCCAUCUACAAUUACCUCACACGAGACGAACUCCCGGCUGACCCGAAAGAGGCGGCCAUUGUCAAACGACGCGCAUGCUCACUCGGCGAGGCAAAGAGGGCAUGGGUCGAGGAGCUACAUAGCGUCCUAUGGGCCUACCGCACGACACCGCAUUCUACCACCGGGGAAACCCCGUUCCGACUAACUUACGGCACCGAGGCAGUCAUCCCGGUGGAGAUACGGACGCCAACGAGGAGGACAGAGGAGCCCCUAGACGAGGAAAUGAACGAUGAAACCCUUAGAGCCGAGCUCGACCUAGUCGAGGAGAUACGUUCCGAAGCAGCUCUCCGGGAAACAACCCUCAAACAAAAGAUAGCACUACGUCAUGACGCGAAAGUCAUAAAAAGAGAGUUCCAGGUCGGCACCCUGGUCCUCAGAAGAAACCAGAAAAACCCGAGAGAGGGCAAACUGGCGGCCAACUGGGAAGGCCCUUACCGCGUCCGCGACAAAACGAGCAACGGGGCCUAUUACCUAGAAAACCUACAAGGAGAACAACUCGCUCGACCAUGGAACGCAGAAAAACUUAGACAAUAUUACAGCUAA